GUGGCGCUCAUGUGUUUCAAAAUUUACAGUUUUCUCACAAAGUUAAGAUUGCACUUUCUUAACACCGUCAUGCCUCCCGUAAUAGUGUUUUGUGGAAAGUCUGUUUCCUGAAUGAAACUAUGAAGGGGUGAUAUUUUAUUUUGUACGAAAGACUCGAGUACAAGUGGAACACCCGUGUUGUUUUAGCCAUCUCAUCGCAUAUUUACUAAGCUCAGGUCAGCAACAGAGGAAAUAAGUUUUUCAAUUUUCACACGUUGAGGCAUACCUGUGUGUAAAUAUAUAGUAACAAAACCAAACGUGUUCUUAAAUCCUAUGAUUUUGACAGAAUUUGCGAAUGAAAACUGAAACACGAGGAAAAAGUGAAAUAUGCCGACUGUGAAGCAAUGACAAAUGCUAGUAUUUGCAAAAAUAAGACUACCGCCACAAAAUAAGUGUCCGGCAUGGAUAGGCUAAAAGGAAUUACAAAUGUCAGGCAGGAAAUGUUAAAUAACUACUCGUUCUGCCUAUUUAAUUUGAUACAUGUUUUGAAGAUAUAUAAAAAAGACUCCGUGGCCAGUAGAAAACGAAAGCGUAUCACAUGGUUCGUAAGUCUACUAACUCGUGCGUCAUUGUUAUUUUGAAGGAGACUGUUUUAUUAGCUGCCAGACGUUUGAAUUUCAUUUUGAAUUGAAUUUCUCAUCGAACGGUAAGUACAGUAAGUUUAACUCAAGUUUUGAAGCAAAGAGCUAAAGGAAAACAGUUUGUUAUCUUUAAGAUAAACUAUACCAUUACACGAAGACAGAAACAUUUGCAUUUAUAAAUGAAAGUUGCCCACUGCCAGGAUAUGAACUCUUCAAGUUAUACACUGGUUAACAGGCGUUAAGAUUCCAGGUGUACGUGGUAAACCUUCUCGCGCAUUAUAUAAUACUGAUAAAAUAUGCAUAUAUGUUGUGGUAGAACAGUAUUAACCUCAGUACAUUGAUUCUGACUACAUUCUGAUAGGUGAGCUCUUAAAUAAGGAAACUUUUACUUUGACUCUCUAAAGUAAUGAAGUAAAAUAAAAAGCUAUACGUUUUAAAGUUAGGUCUCUUUGCGUUAGUUGAAGGAUGGAAAAGAAUACAUGAACAAGGUUGUGAUAUAAUUCUUCUGUUAUGUUGCAGACACUGAGUCCCCGUUGUGAUCUGAAACGCUGUUACAAGAUUUUAAAGUGUUUUUUUCCUUUUUUUUUCUUUUGCUCUGUGAAAGGGAUUAGUGAGGUUUGACAUGAACAACGUGGAAGAAGUUAUACAAGUCAUCUCCAUCGGCCUUAUUGUUGCCGGCUUCCUUCUCAACACCAAACGAUUUCUAAGAGCCAUCGAAUUAUGCAAGGAAUGUUUGUUCAUUCUGAAAGACAGAGCAGGCAUGAAAGACCAGGAAUUAAGCAAAUCAUUCUACAAGAGGAUAUAUUGUACAAUGUGGAAGGCUUGUGGUCUUAUCAACGAUAACACAAACGCCAUAAAGUACGCCGAAAAAAUUCUCCAAAUUUGCUACGAAAGAGGUGAGAGACUUGAAGAAUGUACGCUAAGCAUAUUUCUUGCAGAAACGUAUUUUCAUCAAAGAAAAUACCCACAAGCAAAGCAACACUUGGAGAAAGCGCUCCUAAUCAGUAAAGAAAUUGGAGACACAAAAAGAGAAGCAUGCUGCCAUGGAAACCUUGGAGCUGUGUAUCAAUCAGUUGGCGAAUACGAGAAGGCUAGAGAACAUCUCGAGAAAUCACUUGCCAUUCAGAAAGAAACUGGAAACAGAAAUGGAGAAGCCUCCUCUUACGCAAAGCUCGGAAUUGUGUACCACUCAGUUGGCGAAUAUGAAAACGCCAAGGCAAAUCUCGAGAAAUCACUCGCGAUCCAGAAAGAAACUGGAGACAGGAAUGGAGAAGCCUCCUCUUACGUAAACCUCGGAAUUGUGUACCAAUCAGUUGGCGAAUAUGAAAAGGCCAAAGUACAUCUCGAGAAAUCACUCGCGAUCCAGAAGGAAACAGGAGAUAGAAAUGGAAGAGCGUCUUGUCUUUUAACCCUUGGAACUGUUUAUCUUUCAGUUGGCGAAUAUGAGAAGGCUAGAGAACUACUCGUGAAAUCACUUGCCACCCAGAAAGAAAUUGAAGACAGAAAAGGAGAGGCAAGCUGUCACGGAAACCUUGGAGCUGUGUAUCAAUCACUUGGCGAAUAUGCGAAAGCUAGAGAACAUCUGGAGAAAUCACUUGCCAUCCAGAAAGAGAUUGGAGACAGAAAAGGAGAGGCAUGCUGCCACGGAGACCUUGGAGCUGUGUAUCAAUCAGUUGGCGAAUAUGAGAAGGCUAGAGAACAUCUCGAGAAAUCACUUGCCAUCCAGAGAGAAAUUGGAGACAGAAAUGGAGAAGCAAGCUGUCAUGGAAACCUUGGAGCUGUGUAUCAAUCAGUUGGCGAAUAUGGGAAGGCUAGAGAACAUCUCGAGAAAUCACUCUCCAUCCAGAAGGAAACUGGAGACAGAAAUGGAGAAGCCUUCUCUUACGCAAACCUCGGAACUGUGUAUCAUUCAGUCGGCGAAUACGAAAAGGCCCUAGAAAAUCUCGAGAAAUCACUCGCGAUCCAGAAAGAAAUUGGACACAGAAAUCGAGAAGCUUCCUGUUACGCAAAGCUUGGAACAGUGUAUAAAUCAGUUAGAAAAUACGGGAAGGCUAGAGCAUAUCUCGAGACAUCACUCGCGAUCCAGAAAGAAACUGGAGACAGAAAUGGAGAAGCUUCCUCUUACGCAAUCCUUGGAACUGUGUAUCAUUCAGUUGGCGAAUAUGAGAAGGCCAAAGUACAUCUCGAGAAAUCAGUCACGAUCCAGAAGGAAACUGGAGACAGAAGUGGAGAAGCUGCCUCUCACGCAAAUCUCGGAAUUGUGUACCAUUCAGUCGGCAAAUAUGAGAAGGCUAUAGAACAUCUCGAGAAGUCACUCACGAUCCAGAAAGAAACUGGACACAGGUGUGGUGUAGCUUCCUGUCUUGCAACCCUUGGAGCUGUUUACCAAUCAGUUGGCGAAUAUGAGAAGGCUGGAGAACAUCUCGAGAGUUCACUUGCCAUCCAGAAAGAAAUUGGAGACAGAAAUGGAGAAGCUUCCUGUUACCGAACCCUUGGAUCAGUGUAUAGAAACAUUGGCAAAUAUGACAAGGCUAAAGCAUAUCUACAGAAAUCAAUUGCGCUCCAGAAAGAAACUGGAGACAGAAAUGGAGAAGCCUCCUCUUACGCAAACCUCGGAACUGUGUAUCAUUUAGUCGGCGAAUAUGAGAAGGCUGGAGAAUAUCUCGAGAAAUCACUCGCGAUCCAGAACGAAAUUGGAGACAGAAAUGGGGAAGCAAGCUGUCACGGAAACCUUGGAGCUGUGUAUCAUUCAGCUGGCGAAUAUGAGAAGGCCAUUCAACAUCUCGAGAAAUCACUUGCGAUCCACAAAGAACUUCAUGACAGAAAUGGAGAAGCCUCCUGUCUUGCAAACCUUGGAACCGUGUAUCGAUCAGUUGGCCAAUAUGAGAAGGCUAGAGAACAUCUCGAGAAAUCACUUGUCAUCCAGGAAGAAAUUGAUCACUUGCCAUCCGGAAAGAAAUUGGCCACAGAAAGGGAGAAGCUUACUCUUACUUAAACCUUUGGAACUUGAAGUAACUGAACAUUAGCUUAUAGUAAAUGGUUACAGAUUUGUUGUUGUUGUUGUUUUUUUAUUUUCUUUGUCAGGUGUUGGCAAGAAUGACGAGGACGGCAGCAUGUGAGAGGAUGAAUAUGCAAUCACCGUUUUCGAGUUAGUGCUAAGAUCUACAUACGUUUAUUAAAUGGACGGUUACCUUUUAGUCCUUUUCUGUCUAAAAAAUGCCUCAGCAAAAAUGUUUCGUGCAAAACUUAGUGCUGGAAGAUUUGAAACUACUUUCUCAAACUCAUUAAUAAUUCACCAAGUUUAAACAAAGGAAAUCAUGACAGUGACA